GCUUCGACUCCGCUUGACCGCCUGCGACCACGCCGUGGCGACCCGACGCUCAGCAGAUUAAAUCCACCAAAUAAAGAAGCAACAAAGCCCACGCAGCAACACCGCCGACACCACCACACCACCCCCGUCGUCAUCACCACCGUUGUCGCCCUGCUACCCUACCUGGUCUUGCUUUUCUCUUCUCCAUCUUUGGCUGUUUAAAUCACCAGCAACCUGUCUUGGCUCCAACUUUCAACCAUACCCCCGAAGCACAGACAAGGCCCUUCUCCCCCGCCCACCUACCCACCAUGUCGAAGAGGACAAGCGCCAACGGCGGCGGCGGCUCUCGGGAUGCCUCUAGCGACCCGACAGGCCAAGACAAACAAAAGGCGCUCCUGACGUCGUCGUCGUCUUCCCCCGGCGGCACCCCGCGCUUCUCGCUCGUACGGGCCAUGCACCUGGCGGACCUGAUCACGGAGCUCAACGGGCUGUGCGGCGUGCUGUCCAUCUUCUCGUCGAUGCGCUACUGCCUCGGCGACCCGGCCGAGCACGCAAACAUCUACGCCGCCCUCGGCUUCCUGCCUUUCGGGCUCUUCUUCGACUUUAUGGACGGCAAGGUCGCGCGCUGGCGCAAGAAGAGCAGCAUGAUGGGGCAGGAGCUCGACUCGCUCGCCGACCUGAUCACCUUUGGCGUCGCCCCCGCCGUCGUCGCCUUCGCCAUCGGCAUGCGCACGCCGCUCGACCACCUCGCCCUCGCCUUCUUCGUCCUCUGCGGCCUGACGCGCCUGGCCCGCUUCAACGUGACGGCGGCUGAGAUACCAAAGGACGGCACCGGCAAGGCCGCCUACUUCGAGGGCACCCCCAUCCCCACCAGCCUCGGCCUCGACGCCCUCAUGGCCUACUGGGUCCGCGCCGGCGCCGUCCACGCCGCCAUCCCCGGCGGCGUCUGGCUCGCCGGCACCGCCUUCGAGUUCCACCCCGUCGUCGCAAUCUUUGUCGUGCACGGCUGCCUCAUGACGAGCAAGACCAUCCACAUCCCCAAGCCCUAAGUGGCGGAUAUGGCUGGUUUGUGUGUACCCCACCCUCUGGGGAAAGCUAUCGCCUUUUUUUCUCAUCUUUUUCGUGUCAUGUUUUGAGCUUGGUGUUUGCUGGUCGUCAUGCCGCCGUCGUCCCAACUUGUCCCUCUUUCUCCCCUUUCCCUAGCUACGUGACUUUGAGCAAUCAGCGACCAGAAUACCAAAGUUUCCCCGACACGACCUCUCUGGUUAUUGGAACUAAAGUGCCCUCUGGGGGCUAGGGGGUUUAGAGCACAUAAUAGGAGCUUCGUCCUGGGUUUCUUUUUCUGAUUCAUUGUCUUCGAUACUGUGCGCAUUUGUGACUUUGCGGGCGACGAGAAGUGGAUGCCGCCUUUCCAACCAUCACAAACAAACGACAAACAAGGGUUGUUUGUGUAAACUACAGUAAACAACCAAUCAUGAUUUAAUGUCACUUUCUACUUAAUAAGGCUCCCGAUUCAUCUGUGGAUUUGACGACAUUUCUUGUUUCUAUAUUUUGUUCUCCGUCUU